AUGCUCGCAACCCAGAAGCUCCACAAGCACAAUGUCAUUCUGGUUGAGUUUCCAGUUUUGAUAGUACGACUAGACUUUAUCAACCGGGAUAUCUUCACUGAGCGGCAGAAGAGGGCCAUGCUGCGAAAAGCAGUGAAGCAGCUCCCGCCGGGACGGAGGGAUGCGUUCAUGGCUCUUGCACGGAGCACGGGCGGAGAGCCAGUACUGGAUGUCAUACGCACGAAUGGGUUUGGGAUUGAGAUUCAGGGGGAGCAACAUCUAGCAAUUGUUAUCAACGGUUCGAGAAUCAAUCACAACUGUCGUCCAAAUCCCAGCAACAUGGCCAUGGAGGUCGUCACCCUUCGAGACAUCCAAGCAGGGGAAGAGGUCACCUACAGCUACGUCCCCCUCGGAUACACCUCCGAAGAACGACAAGCCGUCCUUCAAGCAUGGGGCUUCCGCUGCCGUUGUGAUUUAUGCUCAGCAUCACGAAAGGAGAAAGAGAUCUCCGAUAGUCGUCGAGUCCGGCUCCUCUACAUUCACCACACGCUUAGACAGGCAUCUGAACUGAACUCUCGACGCAUUGGAGAACUUGUUAGUGAAGCACUGUGGCUCAUUGACCAAGAACAACUGCAUCCUCAGUUGGUGGAGUACUAUGAAACCUUUACGCGGGCAUAUCUCGAUAUAGGAGACUUCGACAUGGCGUGGAGGUUUGCGAACCUGACGGAUAAGACUUGGAUGUUUUAUGGGGGUGAGGAGCAUGAGAAUUUAGAGGGCAUGAAAAAGCUGCGGGAAGAUAUCCUCCAACGGGCAUUGGUUGAGAGGGAUGAUGAUUGA